AUGUCGUUGUUCCGCACUGACAGUAAUGACGAGAGUGAGGCGAAUGGUGUCCCGCCUGCCGAAGAAGCACAAGCAAACGGUCAAGGCCCGCCCAGUGCAAACGGUCAAGGCCCGCCCGGUGCAAAUGGUCAUUUGGCAGAUACAGUGGCUCCAAGUAAUCUCAUUCUGCCGUCGAUCGAAACUCGGGAGCAACUGCAGCGGUACGCUUGUUGUGGAGCUCUGCGCUACUGCAUUUGCGAGUUGCCGCCCGCCCUUACACCGGACAGGGGCGGAGCUCAGGAUGAGGAGGAUGAUCUCAUUCUGCCGUCGAUCGAAACUCGAGAGCAAUGGCAGCCUGAUACCGGGACACCGACCGGCCUUACACCGGACCGCUAUAGAGCUGCGGAUGAGGAGGGUCUGGACGACCGAGCUCAGUCCGAGCCGCACCACAAUGCCCAAGCCCACGUCCCUUUUCCCCCAGUGCCCGCCCCAGCGAAGCGUCAAAGUCGCAAAAAGACGUCUGGUACUAGAGGCGGGCGGAAGCGGAAGCCGACCGUUGCACCGUCACCUGAAGCAGAGGCCAAACGAGAGAAAAACUUGGCGAAGAAUCGUAAGGCAGCCGCUCGAUGCCGCGACAACAAGAAACUCAUGGUUCGGAAGAUGCAAGACGACGCGCGUGUGCUUGAAACGGACAACACCCUUCUGAGGGAGCAGCGGCAGCAGGAGAGCAACGAGCUUGAGCUGCUUCGAGCUGCUGCCCUCGGUCACGUCAUUUCAGACGGCUGCCAUUCCUCCGAGAUACGAACGCGACUUGUGCAUUUGCAGAAUCAGUAUGGGCCACCAUCUAUUCCUCUUCCGGCCCCUUUGACACAUCAGCGUCCUCCAGAGCUGGCUGCUCCUCAGCCUCCUCUAGGUCAUCAGUAUUCACCACCUCGCUAUCCCAUCGAACCAUAUCUGCCCACCCCUGGUGCAAUGUUGAGGCCGAUUCCGCAACCCGUACAGCAACAUACUCCGCAACUGAAUACCCCGUACGGACUGUACCACGGUCAAACUCAGCCCCAGAGGCCGCCUCAGCAGUCCCAGCAAUUUGGCCAGCUACCUCCGCCCCAUCAGCCGUUACCUUGGGGCCCCGAUCCGCCCAUUGUGUCCAGAGUCCCCCCUGUUGCUGAUCCCUCUACUUUGGGCCACCACGAUGCCACGGAUGCGGCGGCCUUCGAUGAUUCGGGCAUCGUGAUGAACAGUCCCCUCAGCGGCCGCCCGGACAAACCCGAGCACUCGCGCAACACGCACGACGAAGGAGAGAAUGGUGACAUGGACGGUUCGCGCGAAUGA